CUGCAUCGCUUCAUAAUCCACCUCGCCCUACUUCCCUCACUCCCUCGUGUGCGACUCUCCAUCUCCAGCGUUCUCGUUUUCACAUGGUGGGCCUUGGUCGAUGACACAAGCCUUAUGGCUAGAAAGGCGAGGCAGAGGAUAAGCUAUGUCCUACCGCUCGCGGAUCAAAAGGGCGGGCACCGGUUAGGUGUGAAUGGACUGGCUGUCGACUCCCAGAACUCCAUCUUAUACUCUGGCGGUCGAGACGGCGUCAUCUGCGCCUGGGAUCUGAACCUCGAUCUCACCCAUGCAAGCAUCCCCGACUUCGACACGAAACUCCCCGCCCCCCAACCUUCCUCCGUCCGACAGCAAGUCCAGGCGCAUACGCAUUGGAUCAACGAUGUCGCCCUCGUCCAGUCCAAUCAAGCUCUCGUCUCCGCGUCUUCAGACAUUACCGUCAAGAUAUGGCGACCAGGAGCAGCGGACCGCCUGCCUCCGCAAACCCUCGGCCUCCAUACUGAUUAUGUCAAAGUCCUUGCCGCACCUUCCCAAACCAGCGACUGGAUUGCGAGCGGAGGCUUGGACAGAAAGGUUCAUCUUUGGGACUUGAACGGGGCCGGGCAGAAAGUGGACAUUGCUGUUGGCGAGGAUGAGCCAGGGAGUCUCUCAAGCAAAGAGAAGGGAAGUGUAUAUGCCUUGGCGGCUACGGAAAACAUGAUUGCUAGCGGUGGGCCGGAGAGUACGGUGCGCGUGUGGGACAGUCGGACGGGGAAACGCAUUACAAAACUCGUCGGCCACACGGACAACGUGCGCGACGUUCUAAUCAGCGAAGAUGGAACGACCAUCUUGACGGCAAGCAGUGAUCGUACGGUAAAAGUGUGGAGCACCGUUGCCGGUCGAUGCAUGUUUACACUCACCAUGCAUGACGCCAGCGUGUGGUCGCUGUUCUCCGCCGAUCCAGACCUUUCCGUCUUCUACUCCAGCGACAAGAACGGCCUGAUCGCCAAAACAGAUACUCGAAAUACCAUUGAAUUGGACGAGGGGAUUUCCGUGGCAGUCGCGCAAGAACAUGAGGGCGUGCACAAGGUCGUUGCCGCAGGCGAUUGUAUCUGGACCGCAACGAGCCGGCCAAGCAUCAACCGGUGGCGAGACGUCAAUACGGACGGCGCCGAGAUCGAUGUUCCUGACAAUUACUCAAUGCACCGCGCGAGCGUUGCCUCAGCAAGGGUCCGCGUACCGACCAUUCCCACCACCUCACGGCUACGAAGCAGCAGUAGUGCGAAGAGGAAGAUCCCAUUCAAACACAUGCUGAGAUUGAGCAACACGUCCUUCUGGCCAGCGCCGACCGUGCUCGACAGCGAAAAGCGGUCGAGCUCUAUCCUCGAGCGCCGGACAAGCCCGGUGGAGGUGCAGGAAGUCAUUGAGACGCAAUCUGUGCGAACCAUGCCCGACUACUCCAUCGAGGGGCAGAAUGGCAUUAUCAAGCAUGUCAUGCUCAAUGACAGGAAGAGAGUACUAACGCUUGACACGGCUGGGGAGGUCGUCAUGUGGGAUUUGCUCAAAUGCGUGCCCAUCAAGUCGUUCGGUAAACGAGACCUCGAUACCGUGAAAGACGAAGAAACCACCACGGCGACUGUGGCAAACUGGUGCACUGUCGACACGCGCACCGGAAGUGUUGCUGUGGUGCUGGAAGAGAACACAUGCUUCGAUGCCGAGAUGUACGCGGACGAACUCGACCUGGACGAGGGCGUCGAGUUCCGCGAAGAUCAACGAAUCAACUUUGGCAAAUGGGUGCUGCGCUACCUCUUCUCCAACCUCAUUGCGGAGGAGAUCCGACGAGACGGCGCGUUCCGCAGGCAACUACUGAGUGCACCGGACUACAAGAAGCUGCACCGGGACAACGCGCCGAGAAGUAUACCAUUGCCUUCACUGCAGACUAAUGGCUGGCAUGGAAAUGCAUCCGCCGCCCUCGCCUCCCCCGCCACCCCGCGAGCAGCGGGUCCGAUCGUGAUCCCUCCCACUCCAGGCUUUGGUGUCAUGCCAGCAACCCCGGGACAGAACUUUUUCAGCUCCCCGACACGAUUAGUUGCAAGUCAUAACGCGCUUUCAGCAACGACCGAAGAGCAGGGGGGUGAGCAACAGCCUUCUCGAACGUCUUCGGAGCGACCAACUGGCGAUUAUUUCACCGCUCGUGCGUCUACGAACGGCGUCACCAGUCCGGGUAGUGGCUUGAAGACCCCGAUGACCCCUGGAGAUUCCGCGGUCGACGAAGCAACAACUCCUUCGGCCGACACUGAAACAGCCAAAGGAAAGGAGGCGGGGUUGUUCGGGAAGAAGUUUUCCAUGCGUGGGAUGAGUUUCGGCAGUAUGAAGAAGAUUGGCCGAUUGCAAUCGAGCGACAAGGAGAAGCCGACGGCGGUAGAGGAGAAGGAGGAAGGAGGGGAAUCCGACUCACGAAGCACAAAGACGAGCGAUUCCCGCGUUAUCGACGACAAUUUCUUCGGCAGCGUGCAAAAGAUUCGAUACAGCUACGAAGACUCCAUUCAGCAACAGCUCCAGGCCCAGCAGCAAAGCCAAACACAGCAAGAAAACGGAUUGCCGGUCAGCACGAGCCAGGAAAUCGAUGUGCAGUCCGCCAUCGCGCCCUCCCUACCCGCAGAGACACCAGUUCUCAAACCGCCCCUCAACACGACGAUUCUAAUACAGGAGGAGCGGCCCGAAGCAGGCGGGGUGGCCGAUCUUUUCGAAGGCACCGUAGGCACGACGGGGGUGAUGUGCGAUCUGGUGGAGAAGACGGCACCCAUGUGGCUUGGGGAAGUGCUGCUCCGAAAUCAAGUUCCCGUCAAGGAUGUCGUGAAGAUCUCGUUCAUCCUGGAGCCGCAGGCCGAGAGUGGACUGCCGGGGAUUGCGUCGGAUGGGAACAAUCGCCUGAAUGCGAAUAGAAUGUUGAGGGCGAAGAAGAUUCUGGGAUACAUUGCCGAGCGAAUCGAGGCUCCAUCACCGGUCAAGGAAGCAAGCGCGGAGAAGGAGCAGGAGGCGGAAUCUGUGCUCAAGGAUGGCAUGAAGCCGGAGGAGUAUUUGGAACUCUGGUGCCAGGGUCAGAUGGUCGCCCCGAAAAUGACGCUCGCAAGCAUUCGGUCCCAUCUCUGGCGUGGAGGGGGUGAUGUUGUCCUCUACUACAAGUCGAAUGGCAAGAAAGCCCUGAAACUUGUGCAGCCGGCGGCAACAGCUGCACCGACGGGCACAGUGCUUGCCCCGGCAAAUGCAACCCCGGCAUAGAGUUGGACAUGAUGUUGACCA